GGUGGUUUGAGGGGCUGGCCAUGAUGGAGGGGCCUCCUGCCUGCGAGUGUGUGCUUGUGCUUGUGCUUGAGGGAUGGUGAACGAAGCUCAGGUGUGUGUGAUGGUGUCAAGCUGUGGCUACAGGUGUGAAAGGGAGAUGGACUGCGAGGGCACAGAGGGACUGUGCGAAUGAUGUGAAACCGAUUCAGUGAAGUGAAAAUGUGGGCGACCUCUGAUUGUGUGUCUGUAAUGCCUUGUGUGUGUGUUUGGAAGGGAGUUGAACUGUUUCUAGAAUUGUGAGUGUGACCAAGAGGUUGUGUGGCCGUGGUUGUCUCUCUGCUUGUGAGAUGGGUGAGGUGGCAGAGAGGUGGGCACUAUGGGGUACAGGAUGUAUGUAUGGGGUGUGACUGUGAUUAUUGUUGUCAGCUGUGUGGUUGGGUGCACCUGGCUGAACACGUGAAGGGGAGUUUGCUUUCUGGAGGAUGGUAUGAAUGGGAGAGCUGGUGUGUGUCUAGGAAACAGCCUGAGUGAUGUGUGGCUGUGGUCAAGCUGUAUGUGUCGCCUUGACAGUUACUGCAUGAGGUUGUGUCUAGAACAUUCGGCUCAGUGUCUGAGAUUGUGCAUGAUGUUGUGGGAGGUUGUAUACGUCCACAAAAUUGCAGGCGUAAUGGUUGUGGUAGUCAGGAUGACUGUCGAUGAACUUGUGUGGUUGUGAGUCUGAACAUUUAUGUGACUUGCAUGUGGAGUGUGAGACUAUGGUGUGUUAUACAUAUGCACACAUAUAUACUAUGUAGAGAUUGAUGUAUACAUGAGUACAUAGAUUGAUACAUACACAAGCACAUAUAUAGAAAUAUAUACAUGAGCACAUGUAUACAUAGAGGUUGAUAUAUACAUGAGCACAUAUAUACAUAGACAGAUUGAUAUAUACGUGAGCACAUAUAGAGAGACUGAGGUAUACAUGAGCAUAUAUAUACAUAGAGAUUGAUACAUACACAAGCAAAUAUGCACAUAAAGACUGAUGGUGGUGACGAGGCUGCGGUAUAUAAAUCCCACAGGAUUACCUACCUGCCCUUACUGUGUGUUUAAGUGUGUGUGAUCAUGAGCAUGCGAGCGGGUGCAAAGAGCAGUGGGCUGCUCAUGGUGGGAACAGUCGCUUGAGUGAAGUAAGACUGAGAGGGAGCAUGCGGAGAGCAUCGGACUACCUCUGUGUCUCCGCAGCUGUCCGUGCCGUGAGCACCCGCUUGCAACAGUCUAAGAGUCUGCGAUCAGGGGUCACUGGAGCGUCCGUGCGCGAAGCUCUGAAGUGCAUCUGUGUGUGAGCAGCAAUGUCCGUGCAGGUGGCAGCCCCCGGAGGCGUGGGGCUGGGCCCCGAGCGCCUGAGCCCCGAGGAGCUGGUGCGGCAGACGCGGCAAGUAGUGCAGGGGCUGGAGGCCCUACGGGCAGAGCACCGCGGCCUGGCCGGGCACCUGGCGGAGGCCCUGGCAGGACAGGGCCCGGUGGCUGGCUUGGAACUGCUGGAAGAAAAGCAGCAGGUUGUGAGCCACUCGCUGGAGGCCAUCGAGCUGGGGCUGGGCGAGGCCCAGGUGCUGCUGGCCCUGUCAGCGCACGUGGGUGCACUGGAGGCUGAGAAGCAGCGGCUCCGCGCGCAGGCCCGGCGGCUGGCCCAGGAGAACGCGUGGCUGCGGGAGGAGCUGGAGGAGACGCAGCGGCGGCUGCGGGCCAGCGAGGAGGCCGUGGCCCAGCUGGAGGAGGAGAAGAACCACCUUGAGUUCCUGGGGCAGCUGCGGCAGUACGACCCGCCUGUGGAGAGCCAGCAGCCUGAGUCCCCCCCUCGCCGGGACAGCCUGGCCUCCCUGUUCCCCAGUGAGGAGGACGAGAGGAAAGGUCCUGAGGCAGUAGGGGCCGCAGCGGCUCAGCAGGGUGGCUAUGAGAUCCCAGCCCGCCUUCGGACCCUGCACAACCUCGUGAUUCAGUACGCAGGGCAGGGUCGCUACGAGGUGGCUGUGCCACUGUGCCGCCAGGCCUUAGAGGACCUGGAGCGGAGCUCAGGCCACUGCCACCCUGACGUGGCGACCAUGCUCAACAUCCUGGCGCUGGUGUACCGGGACCAGAACAAGUACAAGGAGGCCACAGACCUUCUCCAUGAUGCUCUGCAGAUUCGAGAGCAGACGCUGGGCCCUGAGCACCCGGCGGUGGCCGCCACCCUCAACAACCUGGCCGUCCUCUACGGGAAGCGCGGGCGUUACCGGGAGGCGGAGCCACUGUGCCAGCGCGCCCUGGAGAUCCGAGAGAAGGUCCUGGGCGCCGACCACCCGGACGUGGCCAAGCAACUCAACAACCUGGCCUUGCUCUGCCAGAACCAGGGCAAAUUCGAGGAGGUGGAACGGCAUUACGCGCGGGCCCUGAGCAUUUACGAGGCCCUGGGCGGGCCCCACGACCCCAACGUGGCCAAGACCAAGAAUAACCUGGCUUCAGCCUACCUGAAACAGAACAAGUACCAGCAGGCAGAAGAGCUGUACAAAGAAAUCCUCAGCAGGGAGGACCUGCCCGCCCCUCUCGGAGCCCCCAACAGAGGCACAGCUGGUGACGCUGAACAACAGACCCUUCGUCGGAGCAGCUCGUUCUCCAAGCUCCGGGAGUCCAUCCGACGGGGAAGUGAGAAGCUGGUCUCUCGUCUCCGAGGCGAGGGGGCAGCGGGGGCAGCCGGGAUGAAGAGAGCUGUAUCGCUCAACAUGCUGAACAUGGAUGGUCCAAGGGCUGCUGGGACCCAGUUCCCCAACCGGCACUUGAGUGAGGCCUCUCGGACCCUCAGCGCCAGCACCCAGGACAUGGGCCCCCGCUAAAGUCGACUUGGCUGCAGCUUCUGGGGACAGGUGGGAGAGAGGUGGGCAGAGGGGAGUCCGUUCAUCUCCAUGGCUCUCCCCUGGCCUCCUGGGGGCCCCCACUAUCUUGGGCUUUCCUGUUGCCCUCUCCUGCAAUUAAAGGCUGUAGAUUUGGCAGCCAGAA